UUUCCAGGAUGCUGAGGUGGGCGGCAGUGGUGGUGGUGGUGUUGGCGGGGACGGCCAUGGCGGCGUCUGUAGGGGAGGACCCAGCUUCACACCGAGACCCUAAACUGUUCCCGGUGGUGCAGAUCGUGACCUUCGAGAACGGGCCGUGCGCGGCGGCCACCGGGGAACAGGGCACUUGCUACAGCCAGAAGGAGUGUGACACCCUCGCUGGCACCGCCUCUGGCACCUGUGCCAAUGGCUUCGGUGUCUGCUGCGUCUUGUACACCACCUGCGGCAACACCUUGGCUGUCAACGGCAGCUACUUCGUCAACGCCGGCUACCCGACCUCUGUGGGCUCCGCUGGUAUCUGCUCCGUCACCCUCACGCCCCCUGCUGGGACGUGUCAGAUCCUGUUGAACUUCGACGACUUCGAGCUGGUGGGACCCGUGGCGGGCGACUGCACCAACGACACCUUCGUCGUGCUGGGCGCCAACCCGGGCUUCAUGGUCCCUACCUUGUGUGGUUUUAACAGCGGCCAGCACAUGUUCAUCGAUGUGGACAACUCAGCGGGCCCGUACCAGCUGGUGACGUCACUCUCACCCUUCAACUUCCAGCGAAGAUGGAAGAUCAAGGUGACAUACAUCAGCGUGACCACUCCGUGCAGGGCGCCCUACAGGUGCCUCCAGUACUUCUCCACUCCCAGUGGACAGAUAAGCUCCUUCAACUUUGGUGGCACGCCUUCCAUGAUGCUUAAUGACCAGGCCUACUCGAUCUGCUUCGGCUACGUGCCUGGCUACUGCGACAUAGGCAUCAGCUACUCCAGGUUCGACUUGGGCAACGUUAAUCAGCAGUGUACGUCUGACUUCGUGGCCAGCGGCGGUGAAAAGCUGUGCGGUGACUUCACUGCUUUCACCAGUCAAGUGAACUCCACUGGUCCAGCAAACUUGCUAGUAGUGUCCGACAGUGUCAACGACAGGGAGGAAGAGGGCUUCGCCGGCAGCUACAUGAUGAUGGCCUGCUAGUCAUAGACCCUCGCCCCCUGGCCGCCCACACCCACGCCCGUUCCCGCCGCCCCGCCCCCACGCCCCCACGCGCGCACGCUCAUAAGACGCGCGCGCACACACACAUCAGGCACACUGGAGGGCCCUGGCGCGCCAUGCAGGAAGACAAACACCUCGCUCUCAACAAGUCUCUUGGACCAAAUACCAAAACACCUGCUGCAUCAACCCAACGCAUUUCUUGAGGUGCAGUGAAAACAAAAUUUGAAAGUUCGGAAUUCACUCAGGCAUAUAACAUGCCAACAUUCAGUAAGCUACACAUGCGCGGUGAGGUUUGAGACGUUGCUGCAUCUAGAAGCUAUGUUGGGCCCCGGUGGGUGUCGGUGUGCACGUGUUCCCGCGCGAGAGAGAGCAGGCGAGGCCCGCGCAGGCUGCCCCAAAGUACGGCUUUACAUGACCGUUGGCCUCUGUAAUACAGGAGCCGUUUUUAUUCAUUGUAUAAAAGUGUAAAUUAAGCGGGCAACAAGUGACAUGUAUAGCACUGUACAGAACCUAUUUACUUUUUAAGACUAUCAAAUGCGUUUUGAGAGUCAAGCGUGUGAAUCCGUGAAUGUGGACAUAAUCAUGUUAUUUAAUUUAUAAUUAUUUAAUAAUUUAUUGAUAAGUUAUUUUUUAUGUUAAGUUUUAUGUCAACCACGAUCCUCAGGGCAAUUACCGGCAAGAGAAACAGAGACGAUGUGAUCACCGUUCGCUGUAUCGAGACAUGUUCGUUGUAUUGAGACAUAUGUACACUGUAUUGACACACACAUGUUCGCUGUAUCGAGACAAUAAAUGAAAAUAAUAAU